CCUCUGGCAUCCUCGCCCCUCCCGCCGCCUUAAUGCAGACCGAGGACGACUCCUCCGCAGAUUGCUCUGGCUUUGCCUCCGCCUCUGCUUCUGCAUUUUCUUCUACUGGCAUCUCUCACCCGUCUUCCGUGUCGUCCUCAUCAGCACCAGCAUCAGCAUCAGCUGAAGCCGCAGAUUCGUCAUCCGCCGAAAGAGCCGGAAAGCGCCAGUCGCGCAGAAGCAAGCACGGCCAAGCGAUGGGGUCGGUACCGGCCAAGAAGCCUCGCACGGGCGCCUCGCCUUCGAGGAGACUGGAAAUGCUAAGCGAUGCCAUGUUUCCUCUGAGCUCCAUGCAAGUGAACCGCGAAGAUGCAGUCUCCCCUCUCUUCUUUUCCCAUGGCCCUGCACGCCACUUCCCUCGUCCUCAUAGCGUUCCUGUAUCAGAUGCCGCUUCGGCCAUUAUAACACAAGCUCGCGAGGAAACUGCAGGGACUGUCACGACGCUGAAACUCCCCAGGGCUAGCGUUAGCUCCACAAAUGCGGCUCUCUCCGGCAGCACACCGUCGUCCAUGGACAUGUCUGUACCGUCUCUGAGCCCGGAUAUGCGCAGCCUGCCCCCUAGCUUGCAGAUGCUUCAGGGUGUCGGCGUUCUUGAGCUUCUCGAGCACGACGAUAGGCCGACGUUCCUGGUUGAUCUCGCCAACUCAGCAAACACUAACCGCCCUGGCUUGCCGAUCGUAUACUAUAAUGGAUCUCUGCGGGCUGCCGAGCCGAUCCACAGCCUUUUGAACCCCGAGCAAGAAGACCCUGCGUCUCCCGAUCUCCCGGAAAACUUUAAUGAGUUUAGAUCUUGGGCUAUGGCUAGUGGGACUGAUGCCUUGGACGUGCCUUCAUCAACUUAUGAGUACGGCGGGAUCACAUGGAAUUGCACAACUUUAAGACGGCGGUUUCGGUUCAUUGGCGCAAGUGCUGCGUAUCAUGCAACGCGCCCGACGCCGCCAAUGGUGGAAGAAACAGUGGAAGAAGAAACCAUCAUGCUCGGGCAAGAUAUCAGUGCCCAACCUUUGUCGACGCCGGUUACCCCCGCUGUUGAUAUCCUUGAGCCGCCCGACUACUUCGGUAACGCCACUGUGAAGCCUCCUCUCGAGUCUAUAGACACUACCCUCACAACUCCCGGAACUGGCACCGUAGAGUCCAUCUAUGAUAUAAACCGACGCCAUCCGGACGAUUUCACCAACCAAGUACUGCAAUCACAACCCGUAAGAUCGACCUUUGACUGGACCAGGAUUCCGUACAACGAUAAUCUCCCAGAGCAUAUCAAAUUGGCCAAGUCGAUUGACUGGGGCUCUACACCAUUGGGACCUAUGAGCGAAUGGAGCUACAAUCUGAGAGGCAUGACAAAUUUAAUCAUGGCCAGCCCAAAUCCAACCGCCAUGUACUGGGGCCCUGAGUUUGUCAGUUUCUAUAACGCUGCAUAUGUAGCCCUGGCCGGCAGUAAACAUCCAAACCUCAUGGGCCAACGGUAUGCGGAUGGCUGGCACGAAAUCAAGGAUGAGUUCCUGCCCAUCUUUAAAACGGCUUGGGAUUCUGGUCAAGCAAUAAUGAAGCACGAUAACCAGAUCUUCAUCAACAGACAUGGAUUUUUAGAAGAAACUUUCUUCUCGUGGUCCAUCAUUCCAAUCCUUGGCGAAGAGGGCGAGGUGGUCGGUCUAUACAACCCUUGUUUCGAAAACACUCGACGAAGAAUGAACGAGCGCCGAAUGCUUACGUUGCGAGAGAUAGGAGAGCGGACGGCUUCAGCGGCUUCCAUCAACGAAUUUUGGCCGCAGUUGAGGAAAGGCCUGGCGUUUAACGAAUAUGACAUUCCGUUUAGCAUGGUCUACUCUGUCAGGGACGAACCCGAAAGCGAAGUGUCGUCGCUGCACUCUGGUAGCUUUAUCCAUUCGCCCCAGCUCAUUCUCGAGGGAUCUCCUGGUGUCCCAGAAGGCCAUGUCGCGGCCCCUCAAACCAUAGAUCUGCGUACAUCAGACGAAGGGUUUGCGCCGUAUGUGCGACAAUCCUUGGCGAGGGGUGGUGAGCCUGUGGUGUUAUCAGAAGAUGACGGUACCCUGCCCAAGCAUCUCAUAGAAGGAUUUGAGUGGCGAGGCUUCGGGGAACCGUGUAGAACCAUUGUCGUCUUUCCGGUCAUUCCUACAAACACCGGCGAAGCUGUAACAGGUUUUAUUGUGCUUGGGGUAAACCCACGGCGGCCGUAUAACGAUGACUACAAGUUAUUCAUCCACCUCCUAUCGCGGCAGCUAGCAACCUCCAUGGCUUCGGUUCUGCUGUUUGAGGAAGAGAUUCGACGUGGCCAGCGAGCAGCACAUCUCGCCCUGAUGGAUCGCCAAGAGCUCUCAGAAAAGCUCGAGCAACGUACACAAGAAGCCAGCGAGUUGGAACUGAAGUUCACGCGUAUGGCUGAGUUUGCCCCUGUUGGAAUGUUCAUUGCCGAUAACCUUGGCCAUAUCGACUACUGCAACGACAUGUGGUGGCAGAUCUCUCGCAACGCUCGAUCCGAGCAAAUAGGUACUGUUUGGAUGGAUAGCGUGCGAGUUGAAGAUAGGCCUAGACUAGAGGAAGCUUGGACACGCCUUCUGGAGCAAAAAGUGACCAUUUCAUUGGAAUUUCGAUUCAACUACAGCCAACUUAGCGGAGAUCACACAGUCGACACCUGGGUCCUGAUGAGCGCCUUUCCAGAGAAGGGCCCCGACGGUAGCCUGGCAUCCAUCUUUGGCUGCAUUACAGAUAUAUCUUCUCAGAAGUGGGCUGAAAGGGUCCAGAGCGAAAGACGCGAAGAAGCUGUGGAGCUAAAGCGCCAGCAAGAAAAUUUCAUUGACAUUACGAGCCACGAAAUGAGGAACCCCUUGUCGGCGAUCCUCCAGUGUGUCGAUCAAAUCGCCAAUAGCAUUGCCUCGUUCACAGCCCACUCAGACAAGGCAGAAGUAGACUCUCUUUUGGAAUCCUGUCUUGAUGCUGCCAAUACCAUCAAUCUCUGCGCCAGCCACCAAAAGCGCAUUGUCGACGAUAUUUUAACGCUGUCGAAACUCGAUUCUAGCUUAUUAGCUGUCACUCCCGUUGAUGAGCAGCCAAUAAAGGUUGUCCAUCGUACGCUCAAGAUGUUUGAAGCAGAGUUGAUUGCGCAUGAUAUAGCUUUCGAAUUCAUCGUCGACAAUAGUUUCGAAACCUAUGGAGUUAACUGGGCAAAGCUGGAUCCGUCACGACUGAGACAAGUACUGAUUAAUCUCAUGACCAACGCUAUCAAGUUCACACAGGGCCGAGAGAAGCGUACCAUUAUCGUGAGUAUGUGCGCGACGAAAGACAUGUCUGAGGUUACAAGCCAAGGAACGUUUUACUUUGAGCGAAACGAUAUACAGCGGACGGCCGGCAUGAAUAUUGACAAUGAAGAGGAGUGGGGCUCUGGUGAACGUUUCAAUAUCCACUGCUCAGUGGAGGACACCGGCACCGGCCUUGGUGAUGAGGAACUGAAGGUCCUCUUCCAACGCUUCCAGCAAGCCACCCCUCGGACGCAUGUGCAAUAUGGUGGCUCUGGGCUGGGACUAUUCAUCUCCAGGAUCUUGACUGAAAUGCAAGGUGGUCAGAUCGGCGUCUCUUCGCAGCGGGAUGCUGGAAGCAAGUUCAGCUUUUACAUACAGAGUCGCAAAUGCCUGAAUCCUCCUUCUGAAUAUGAACACAUCACGCCAUUCAAGCUCGAACGAAAGAUUCAGACGCCUUCUACCAACAGCCAACCCGCGGGCGGUUCUGCGUCGCGCAGCCAGUCGGAUACAGGCCGCAACCCUCUUUUUGACGUUCUCAUUGUUGAAGAUAAUAUUGUCAAUCAGAAGGUGUUGCAGCGACAGCUCCGUAACUACGGUAAUAACACGUUUGUGGCCAACCACGGUAAAGAGGCACUUCAGACACUGCAGAAAUCAAGAUUUUGGGCAGGUCAAGAGGCCGAAGGUGUUGAUAUAUCUGUCAUUCUUAUGGACUUGGAGAUGCCUGUCAUGGACGGCAUGACUUGCGCAAGGAAGAUACGUGAACUCGAAAAGGAAGGGACAAUUACCAAACACAUUCCUAUCAUUGCGGUUACGGCUUAUGCACGGCCGGAACAAAUUGAGAAUGCAAAGGCUGCAGGAAUUGACGAUGUUAUUUCCAAGCCAUUCCGCAUCCCUGAGCUCAUUCCUAAAAUUGAGGAGCUGGUGAGCAAGUAUCAGAAUCUUUCUGUGUCGAGCGACACGUGA